AUGGGCAAAAACUGGACCGCUACCGAGGACAUGGAACUAAUGAGGCUUGUCCGCAAGUACGGACGCCAGUGGAAUGUUAUUGCAAGCCAUAUGAAAGACAGAACUGCCAGCCAAGUUUUGGCUAGGUGGGAAAAAUGCCUCGACCCUAUAAUCGUCAAGGGGCCAUUUACCGAGGCUGAAGACGACUUAAUCAGAGAGUAUGUCAAGGAGAAUGGACCACAGAAUUGGCCAAGAAUUACGUCAUUUUUACCAAACAGAAGUCCGAAGCAAUGUCGCGAAAGAUGGUUCAAUCACUUGGAUCCAGCCGUCGUGAAGCAUGCUUGGACACCAGAAGAAGAUGAGACAAUUUUCCGCAAUUAUCUCAAACUCGGAUCAAAGUGGUCAGUGAUUGCCAAACUAAUCCCCGGCCGUACAGACAAUGCCAUCAAGAAUAGAUGGAAUUCAUCCAUUUCAAAGAGGAUUUCAACGAAUUCAAAUCACAAAGAGAUCCUUCUCCCUGAUCGUUCAAAGAAGCGUAAGGCUGCUGAUGUCCCAAAGAAAAUCAUUACAAAAUUUGAUACUCCGACAGAUGUACCAUUUGAACCAUUUUCCGAAUCUACUUUACUGUCACCGAGCCGUUUGAACUCGCCAGCACCACCAAUCCCUGGCUUCAAUUCGACUCCAGGCGCAUUCGGGGGCUUGAUCACUCCCAUUGCGCUUGACAAUUCACCGGUUGCAAACUUGCAAUGCGUUGCUUUUGCUAAAUUUUAA